AUGGCUUUCGCUUGGAAAGUGUCUAUUAGUUUCCUUGCCUGCAUUGCCACUCUCGGGGGACAAGCCUCUGCGGCUGUCACGGUCAAUAGCACAAUCCUCGUCAUCGCUCGGGAAGCAAAUGCAACGAUUUCAGGAACGGCCAUUCUACAAGGCUACGGCAUUCCAUACCAGACCGUCGACGUUUCGCUACCAGGGGGCGGCUUUCCUCAACUCAACUCAACUCCAAACGCUGGUAACUUUGGCGGAAUAGUCAUCGUAAGCGCACGGGAAUACAAGGGCAGCGAUGACUGGAAGGCUGUGUUGAAGGACAAGCAAUGGAACGAGCUCUAUAGCUACCAGGAAGCUUUUGGAGUUAGACUCGUGCGAUUGAACUCUUGGCCAAGCAAAGAGUUCGGCGUGGAAGCAACCGGUGGAACGGUGAAGUCGGAUCUCCCUGUCUCUAUCUCUGAUGCCAAAGGUUUUGCGAGCGCGGGUCUAGUUGUCGGAGCUCAAAUGAGUACAGUAAAUAUCACCAAGUACCCAGCCAAAAUCUCCGAUAUCUCACUGGCGUCCGAAAUCGCACGAUUCGAGGGCACAACCAAGACAACUGCAGCGGUCAUCAAUAAAUUCCCAUCUGGCCGCGAGCAACAAGUUUGGUUCUCUACAUUCGACCCGAACUUUACUUCCUCAACAGUUCUUUCACAUGCAUGGGUCCAGUGGCUUACUCGUGGCCUCUACCUUGGAUUCCGGCGUGUGUAUUUCAACACACAGGUUGAUGACGUUUUUGUCAUGACUGAGCUAUACCCUGAUUACAAGCAGUCGUAUCGAAUCAAGGCAGCCGAUUUCAGCGAACAUGUUGCUUGGAUGAAGGAGAUCAAUGCAAAAUUACCCGCGGGUUCCAAUUAUAUCAUUGAGCUUGGACACAACGGAAAUGGUAAUAUCGAGGCCGCAGUUGAGAAGGAUUACGACAAUAAUCCUGCGAAAUGCAAACCACAAGAAGGCGUCGAUUAUCCUGCCCAGACCGACGGACCCCCAGAAUACAUGAAGCCCAUCGGUACCGGCAAAGAUCUGUGGGAUAAAAAGUUCAAAGAGUAUCAGUGGACAAAGGCGUGCUCAGACCUGGACCCGCUGGAAACCUACUUUUCGGAUAAGCAGAAUAUGAAUGCGUAUUUCCAUGUGUCGCAUACCUUCACUCACGAAGACGAAACAAAUGCGACUUACUCCGAUGUUGUGAAAGAGAUUUCAUGGAAUCAGGAAUGGUUCAAAAGAAUCGGGUUUACGGACGCGAAAUCUUCUCCGUACUUUUCUCCCAAUGGUCUCAUACCCCCUGGUAUCACUGGUCUUCACAAUGGGGACGCUAUCCGGGCCUGGCUAGAAAAUGGGAUUAAAUUUGCAGUCGGUGACAAUUCGCGCCCAAUCCUGAUGAAUCGUGUCGAUCGAAAAUCAGACUUUCAUCCAAUUGUUACCAACGUCAAAGAAAAUGGCUACGAGGGAGCUUAUAUUAUCGGACGUUACGGAACAUCAAUCUACUAUAAUUGCGACCUGCCAAAGUGCGACAACGACGAAUGGAAAGCUAUCGCGGGCGGUAAGGGCGACUUCCAAACCCAACUUGACUAUGAAAGAGAUGUGAACUCGAAAUACCUCUUGGGGCUACGAUGGGACCCGUAUAUGUUUCACCAGGCAAACAUGCGAAUUUCCGACACUCCAAAAGUGACUCUGCUGGGAAAGAAUAAGAAGUGGUCGUUAUUGAUGGCUUGGACUGAGUCAGUCCUCGGCGAGGUGGUCAGGUUGACACAGUGGCCCAUCAUCACACUGAAGCAUGAUGAUGUAGCGAACGCCAUCAUCAACCGCAAGACGCGGGACGAAUGUCUUCCCAAUCUCAGCUAUCAACUAAGUGAUGAUCGAAAGAGUAUCACGGGUCUAACAGUCAAUGCCAGGAACACGAAGUGUGCAACUGCAUUGCCAGUCACGGUCCCUGGAAAUGUUGUUUCAGAUGCCGGCGCAACGAAGGAGCAGGUUGGGAAAGACCCGUUGACAUUAUGGGUUACCCUUGGUGGCAGUGCUAGGUCGUACAAUCUUGGAAGUUCUAUAAAAUUGUAA